CCAAUCCCCAACCCCUGUGCCAUGCAGCAGCGCGCUCCCGCCGAGCGCUCCACAGCGGCGUCCCUGCACGCGCACGUCCUCCACCUCCACCAAUGCGGCGCCGCCGGUAACCUCCUCCGCCGCGCGCACGCGGCCGCCCUGACAUCCGGCGCGCUGGCCGCGUCCCUGCCCCUCGCGGGCGCGUUCAUCCUCUCCUACGCCGCGGCCGCCGACCUGCCCUCCUCCCGCCGCCUCCUCCUCCACCACCCGCUCCGCCUCCGCUCGGCCUUCCUCUGGAACUCGCUCUCCCGCGCGCUCUCCUCGGCCUCCCUCCCCGCCGAGGCCCUGCGCGUCUACAACCUCAUGCUCCGCUCCGCCGUCCGCCCGGACGACCGCACCUUCCCCUUCGCCCUCCACGCCACCGCGGCCGCGGCCGCCGACGCCGCGCACGCGGCCAAGGGCCUCGAGCUCCACGCCGCCGCGCUGCGUACGGGCCACCUCGCCGACGUCUUCGCGGGCAACACGCUCGUCUCCUUCUACGCCGCCUGUGGCUCCGCCCGUGACGCGCGCAGGGCGUUCGAUGAAAUGCCCGCCCGGGACGUCGUCUCCUGGAACUCCCUCGUAUCCGCGUUCUUGGCCAACAGGAUGUUCGAUGAUGCGAGGUGGGCGUUGGUCGGUAUGAUGGGGAGCGGGGUCCCUGUGAGCGUGGCGAGCUUGGUCUCGGUUCUGCCUGCUUGUGGCGUGGAGCAGGAGCAGGGGUUUGGGUUGGCUCUGCAUGGACUGGCGCUGAAGACCGGGCUGGACUCCGUGCUCAAUCUCGGAAAUGCAUUGGUUGAUAUGUACGGGAAGUUUUGUCAAGUGGAGGCAUCGAUGCAGGUGUUUGAAGUAAUGCCAGAGAGAAAUGAGGUUUCUUGGAAUUCUGCCAUAGGUUGUUUUCUUAAUUCAGGGCUUUAUGGAGAUGUGCUGGCCAUGUUUAGGGAAAUGUCAGAGCGUGGAGUCAUGCCAGGGUCUAUCACAUUAUCAAGUCUGCUACCUGCUUUGGUUGAGCUUGGUUAUUUUGAUCUGGGGAGGGAGGUACAUGCGUAUAGUAUAAAGAGAGCAAUGGACUCAGAUAUUUUUGUUGCCAAUUCACUUGUGGAUAUGUAUGCCAAACUUGGUUCUCUGGAGAAAGCCUGCACUGUUUUUGAAAAGAUUGAGGUACCCAAUGUGGUGUCAUGGAAUGCAAUGAUCGCUAACCUUGUGCAAAAUGGAGCUGAGACUGAGGCAUUCCGUCUUGUUAUCAAGAUGCAAAAGGAUGGGGAACGGCCAAAUUCGAUAACCCUGGUGAAUGUACUUCCAGCCUGCUCAAGGAUGUCCUCUCUAAAGAUAGGGAAACAGAUCCAUGCAUGGUCGAUCCGUACAGGAUUAGUAUUCGACUUAUUCAUAUCAAAUGCUUUGAUUGAUAUGUACGCGAAGUGCGGGCAGCUGAGCUUGGCGCAAAAUAUUUUUGACUUGUCAGAGAAGGAUGAUGUGUCAUACAACGCGUUGCUUCUGGGUUAUUCUCAGAGUCCAUGGAGUUCUGAAUCUCUUAAUCUAUUUAAGGAGAUAAGGUCUGCGGGAAUCGAGUAUGAUGCUAUUUCUUUCAUGGGUGCUCUGACUGCAUGUACCAAUUUAUGUGCAUUUAAACAAGGGAAAGAAAUUCAUGGUGUUUUAAUAAGGAGAUUACAAAGUAAUCAUCCCUUUCUGGCCAAUUCACUGCUAGGUUUGUAUACUAAAGGUGGAAUGCUUGAUACUGCAACAAAGAUCUUCAAUAGGAUUACAGAGAAGGAUGUUGCUUCAUGGAAUACCAUGAUCAUGGGGCAUGGAAUGCAUGGCCAAAUUGAUGUUGCUUUCCAUUUGUUUGAUCUGAUGAAGGAUGAUGGUGUUGACUAUGAUCAUGUGUCUUACAUUGCAGUGCUGUCGGCAUGCAGCCAUGGUGGGCUUGUUGAGAAAGGAAAACAGUACUUCAGUCAAAUGCGUGCCCAAAAUUUAGAGCCACAACAAAUGCAUUAUGCUUGCAUGGUUGAUCUUCUUGGGCGUACUGGACAACUGACUGAAUCUGUUGAACUAAUCCUAGACAUGCCUUUCCAUGCCAAUUCCGAUGUGUGGGGAGCACUGCUUGGGGCUUGCCGAAUACAUGGAAAUAUUGAAGUAGCACAAUAUGCAGCAGAACAUUUGUUUGAGUUGAAGCCAGAGCAUUCGGGUUACUACACACUGCUGAUAAACAUGUAUGCCGAGGCUGGUAGGUGGAAUGAAGCAAACAAGAUCAGGAAAUUAAUGAAAUCCAGGAAGGUACAAAAAAAUCCAGCCUAUAGCUGGGUACAGAGUGGCAACAAGCUACAAGCUUUUCUUGUGGGGAAUGGUUAGCUCUGCCGCGAUAAGUUUAAAUUGACUGGCAAUAUAACAGAUGGUGAACUUAUAUGGUGGAAUGCGAUGAGGAGUGCAAUGACUUCUAGAAGACCGUAGUCGUCGAUGGGUGCACUGUAUGACCUGACAAGAAUCACAUAAAGAUGAGCAAUAUUAAUUGGCACUACUGCGGUCUACAUAUCUUUGCUAAUGGAGUUUAGCCUAGUAAUGGAAGAGAAGUUUACUCUGGUUGUAGCUUGGGUCCGAACGUGUUGAAGAUGUUGCCAAUCACACAGCUUCCACUCAGUGAUAGCCACGAGGAAGGCGAGAAAUGAUCAUGGAACAAAGCAAAGAGUGACAGCCUGACAGAUCCUGCAAGGUGCAGUAACAGAUGAUAAGCUCAGGUGCUUGGUAGGGAGACAUAUCAAGAUAUUGGCAAGGAGUUUGAAGCAAUCUCUAAUUGAAAGAGUGGGAAUGGAAGAGUGGAGUUUCAUUCGGGUUUGCAAGCAGUUAUUUCUUUGUGACUGACUCAGACUGUGAGUCAUACACUGGAAUGAGUGACAGUGAGGACCAAGAAGAAUCUGAGUUCAGGUACAGGCGUACAGCGACCAUGCACAGAGCAUCUUGUCAAAGCUUGGACGGUAGCAUCGGUCAGUUGGGCCGCAUUGUUGGGGUUUAAAGGCAUGUGGACUUGGAGACAAACUCAGCUGGUGAUAUAAUACAAGAUGUCAACACCAAGCAGCUUUCAAGAGUAGCAUCCUCUGUCUCUGGUGACUGCGUGGUUAUGGCACCAGGGAUUGGAUGGGUGAUCACCGUUGUGCUCAGUGAUGGGGUGGAGUGUGAAAUGCUGUUAAGUGUUAAGAAACUCUGAGGCACUGAAGCACAUUCGUCCGAUCAUCUUUCAAGAUGCACCUUAUUUUCACUUUCCAAGUCAACGUGUGAGGAUUGAUUGUCCAUCCCGCCGCGUCCAAGUCAGCAACAUGGUGGGCAAGUCGAGAUGACGGUGUUGUAUCAUUUAUUGGAUGUACUGCUGGGUGAGGUAUGUUUUAGGGACGAUGGUGGCUCUAAUCUCCAGUUCUUGUCGUCAUCUUUACAAUUGGUCAGAAGUACUUGAAGCUGAACUCAUGUCAAUGAAAGAAGGCUCUCCAGUUGUGCAAUCAGCAUAUUGAUAUUGAGUCGUACUGCAAGGAGGCCGUUGCUAUGAUCAAAAGCAGAGAGGAGAACAGGCCAGAGUAUGCUUUUAUUAUCAGAGAGAUCAAUAUCAGUUUGGGGAUGCGAUUCUUGCAUUACUCGUAUUCGUCGGAGCACAGGCAAUUUUUAGGUUGCAUGCAUGACCGAACAGCUGUUUGGUUAUGGUUCGGCCCAGAUGAUGUUAUGGAAAUUGCUGGACGAGAUUAUAACACUUAAUUUUGAGCAAUGCAAGAAUUAGCUCUGCCCCAAAAAAACAUGAACUUCAUCAAGUUGAAACUUUCAUCUAGAUACCACGUGUACCGUCCGAACCAUUUUUAAACUGUGAAAUGUGGGGAACUAAUGAUAUUUUUUUUUCUAUUCUAUUCUAUCUCAAAAGUGAUUAUGUAUAUUUGUGACGCAGCGUAUAGCUCUUCAUAUCCCACCGUGGUAAUCCCGAGUUUG